GUGAUAUUUACAAUGUUUGUCCUACCUGUGGUGUUUACGCCGAGUUAGAUAGAGUUAUGUAUGUCUUCUAGGGCAACGGUGUCUGGAUAGAAUUUGUUCUCCUGCCUACUGGAAAUUUUUAGGAACACUAUUAUUUUUGUCUUACUGUGAUUCACUGUUACGCUCCAAGUCUGAUAUAAUCGGUGUAGAAGAUCUAGGUGCUGCUGUAGGUCCUCCUUUGUUGGGGAUAGAAGCACCAGAGUCCACUAAGGUGAGGCCUGGUGCUGCACAGGAUUCUAGUGCCUACGCCAAUUCAUUGAUAUUUAUGGACUCAAGCUUUCAUCCCUGUCACCCCACUGGGGUCUCUCUCUUUCACUCUUUUUUACACCUCCAGCGCUCGCGGCACGCGCUCUCUCUCUACUGCUCUCUCUCCUGCUCUCUCGCACGCUCUCUCUUUCUCUCUUGCAGUGCAUGCUGGGAGUUUUUUGGAGUUUGAGUGUUUGGUGUGGAGGGCUCUGUCCUAACUUUUUUUCUGGAUUUUGUUUUGGUCUUUUAUUUUCAUUAUUAUUUCUAUGGUGGAGGGUUAAUGCACUAUUUGUUGUAGCGGUAUCCACAGGUUUUUUCAAAGUUAGGGUGGAAGAGGACAGAGUUUGGGGUGUGGUGUGCGCGAUGGCUUCUCAGCCUAGCGCGGAGGAGACUCUGUCCUGAGGAGAAUUCCUGAGAAUGAAGUUAAGGUGGAGGACGUUCUGCUCGCAGUCGGUGACCAGUGCUGAGGGCCUGGCAGCUGCUAAGGCCCACACGAGAAGGGGGUGUGGAGCCUGGGCUGUGGGUGUGGGAGGCGCCGAUCUUCCACAACCCAGCCAUCCCUUUGAGAUCGGUUCAGUGCUGGGAGAAGAAGGGUGGAAGAAGUCCUGCCACAACAAACAGGAAUAACUUCUCUUAGGAUGCUGGAGAGAUUCCUGGAGGAGGUCCAGGAGGCACUGUCUGAGCCGCUCUCCAUGCUCUUCAGGGAGGAGUGUGAUAAGGUGAUUGUCCUGAUGCAUGUGCACUCAUUCAGCUAUGACCUCCACCUAAGGGUGGUUCACCAGUCCCUGGUGGGCUGUCACAUGACCCUGCAGCAGGGAUACCGGCUGACCAGCUUCCUGGAGGACUUCAUAGCUCAUCACCCUGACAUCCCCAAGUUCAGACGAAACCACGUCUUCCAGGGAUUGUUCCUUGACCAUGAGUCCCAGCUGGUACCAGAGUCUGAUCAAAGUGCCGCUGCCGACACUUUGACCAGAGUGGCAUUCAGUAUCUGGCUGUCCUGAACCAGAAAUUCACUGACUGCUUUGUUCUGGUCUUCCUUGAAAAUCAGGCAGGAAAAAUGAGCCUCAAUGUUGAAUUUAGGGAGCCAUUGCCAUCCCAACCGCAGCCUAGGCACAGCCCCUCGCCCCAGCUGGUGUCCAUGCACCAUCACCUGGAGUCUGAUCAACACAGCCUGCUACAACUUGUGGACAGGCCUGCUGUAGGCCUGGAGGGCCAAUCAGGGCCAGGUGGGCCACAGAGAAACAGGCUGCUGGGAGGUGUAGUUCCAGACAGGCGGCUUCAUUUAUAAGCCGUCUUGGCAUGUGGGACACAAAGGAUGUUAUUGUUGAAAAGUGCUAAAUCAGCGAAUCAAAGAGUUCACAUGUCAAAGCUUCCUGUGCAAUUUAUCAGUGUUUUACUCAUUCUACCACUGGGAGAAAAGAUAUACACUAUUGUUAAAGGGAUAGUGCAAGAUUUUGGCAAUGAAGCUGUACCUGUAGACUUUCAGUCAUUGCGCUAACGCUUGUUAGGCUCGCAAAAACUACCUUCAACUUCCUUCAAACUGCACGCAGAGACAUAGAAAUGGCAUCUGACAUUGCAAAAAUCUUGCACCAUCCCUUUAAAGAUACGACCUUACCGGCCUGUGUCACCCGGCCUGUGUUUUGGUAAAAAGCUGAGGGAUGUUCCUGGAAAAAUUGGUAUCAAAAUUAUAGUUUGAGGGUGUACAGUGUUUGUUUACGUUUACAUUGUUUACAAGCAUUGGAGUAAAAUAAGAUUAUAUUUGUUCUGAUAGGGUACCUCAGUUGAACUAAGUUAUAUCCUUUAAGAAUCAAUGGGAAUACAUCAUUAAUUUAGAUGUCCAGAAAUUGAUGUAGCAACGAACCAGCUUUAAAGCACAUGAUCCCCUUUAGCUGACAUCCACAUAGCUGUUGUUUUGGUGGUGUCGGGGGUGAAACGGCGUUAGGGCUGUCAAAUCCACAAGUGGCUCCUGGCAUUGUACAGUGCAUUCAGGAAGUAUUCAGACCCCUUGACUUUUUCCACAUUUUCAAAUGUUACAACCUUACUCUAAAAUGUAUUAAAUUGUUUUUUUUCCCCCUCAUCAAUCUACACACAAUACCCCAUAAUGACAAAGCAAAAACAAGUUUGUAGAAAUGUUUGCUAAUUUAUUAACAAAUGUCAAACUGAAAUAUCACAUUUACGUAAGUAUUCAGACCCUUUACUCAUUACUUUGAGGAGUGAGUACUGGCAGCGGUUACAGCUCCGAGUCUUCUUGGGUAUGGCGCUACAAGCUUGGCACACCUGUAUUUGGGGAGUUCCUCCCAUUCUCUGCAGAUCCUCUCAAGGUCUGUCAGGUUGGAUGGGGAGCGUUGCUGCACAGCUAUUUUCGGAUCUCUCCAGAGAUGCUCGAUCGGGUUCUAGUCCGGGCUCUGGCUGGGCCACUCAAGGACAUUGAGACUUGUCUUGAAGCCACUCCUGCAUUGUCUUUGCUGUGUGCUUAGGGUUGUUUUCCUGUUGGAAGGUGAACCUUCGCCCCAGUCUGAGGUCCUAACCUGCUCCAGAGCGCUUUUCAUCAAGAAUCUGUACUUUGAGCCGUUCAUCUUUGCCUCGAUUCUGACUAGUCUCCUAGUCCCUGCCGCUGAAAAUCAUACCCACAGCAUAAUGCUGCCACCACCAUGCUUCACCGUAGGGAUGGUGGCAGGUUUCCUCCAGAUGUGGCGCUUGGCAUUCAGGCCAAAGAGUUCAAUCUUGGUUUCAUCAGAUCAGAGAAUCUUUUUCAGAGAAUCAUUUUGGCAAACUCCAAGUGCCUUUUUACUGAGAAGUGGCUUCUGUCUAGCCACUCUACCAUAAAGGCCUGAUUGGUGGAGUGCUGCAGAUAUGGUUGUCCUUUUGGAAGGUUCUCCCAUCUCCACAGAGGAACUCUAGAGCUCUGUCAGUGACCAUCGGGUUCUUGGUCACCUCCCUGACCUAGGGCCUUCUCCCCGGUUGCUCAGUUUGGCAGGGGGGGCAGCUCUUGGAAGAGUCUUGGUGGUUCAAACUAAUUCCAUUUAAGAUUGAUUGAGGCCACUGUUCUUGGGGACCUUCAAAGCUGCAUAAAUGUUUUGGUACCCUUCCCCAGAACUGUGCCUCGACACAAUCCUGUCUCGGAGCUCUACGGACAAUUCCUUGGACCUCAUGGCUUGGUUUUUGCUCUGACGUGCACUGUCAACUGUGGGUCCUUAUAUAGACAGGUGUGUGGCUUUCCAAAUCAUGUCCAAUCAAUUGAAUUUACCACAAGUGGAUUCCAGUCAAGUUGUAGAAACAUCAAGGAUGAUCAUAGGGCGAUAGCAUAGGGUCUGAAUACUUUUGUAAGUAAGGUUUUUUAUUUUUUGAGCUUGAUUUCGUUUUUUCAUGGGGUAUUUUGUGUAGAUUUAGAAGGAUUUUAAAAAUGUAAUCCAUUUUAGAAUAAGGCUGUAAUGUAACAAAAUGUUGAAAAAGUAAAAGGGUCUGAAUACUUUCCAAAGACACUGUACCUAAAGUGGACUUUGCCAUUGGCUGCAUGACAUUGCAUUGUGAAAUUCCAUAGAGCCUUGUUUACAAGUUUGAACAUAAGAAUGUGAGACGUAAAAUACGUGAUAAGAAUACUCAUUAUUUAGGUGAAUUAGUAUGUAGCCUACACUUUCUCGUUCUGAACUCCUAACAUGAGUGCGACGGGUGUGGAUUCGUGACAAUGAUCAAGAACAGCUGCUCACCGAUUUUGACAGCUCCAACGUACGCAGUUACACUUCUGACGCCGCUAAAACAUCAGCUAUGCGGGUGUCAGCUAUCGGCGGUUAAAUACAUUUUUUUUUAAAGUAAGAGAGAUGAAAAACAAAUAAUUAUAGGGGGUACUGAUGUCAAGGUAUUUGAGAUAAUUAUGUACAUGCAGGUAGGGUUGCCUCCUGCAGUGGACAUUGAUCCUUACAGACAGAGGGCACUUACUGUAACAAUGCUAUUUAGCUGUCACUACUUCAUAAUGACAGAAUUGAACUGAAGAAGACAUGCUUUUUGCGCUGAACAGUGCACCAGAGAUUAUGCAAUUUGCCCCAAUUUUCAAUGGCAACAUGAGCCUAUUACUCAUUGAUUUAGAGGUUAGUGGUGGUAUGGUAGAAUGGAAAGGGGGUGAGACUUUCAGGCUAGUAUGAUCUAAUAGUACUGUAUGUACUAUGGCACAACAUUUGUGUAAUUUAGCAGGCUUUUAUCCAGAGCGAUUUACAGGAGCAUUUAGGGCUAAAUGCCUUGCUCAAGGGCACAUCGGCAGAUUUUGUCACCAAGUCGGCUCGGGGAUUCAAACUAGUGACCAUUCAGUUACUGGCCCAAUGCUCUUAACCGCUAGGCUACAUUCCCAUUCAGCUUUUCGUUUGGCUGAUGCCUCUCUACUUCAGAUUAGAGAUCAUCCACCAUACAUGUACAUUAGAAAUCCUACCUGAAGUGGAUCUCAUUCCCCAACCUGUGAAUUGGACUGUAAACAAGUCUGUAUUGUGCAACCAAGUGUUGGUAAAUUAGACCUUAUUCUCCAACUUGUAAACCAUUUAUAAUUGUAGGUGUUCAAAUCAUAUGAAUGAAGGAAAUAAGGUGUUUCCCUCUUGGAUACUGUGCCUUGCCAAAGUCUAGGAAUAGAUUCUCAAGAUCACCACAGCAAUUGUCUCAAGUAUUAUGCAGUGAGGAAAGAUUGCUGCCGUUUCAGCAAUAUUGGGUAAUUGUUUUUUUUUAUUCUUCCCAUUGUGUCCUAUAAGUGUCAAACCUGCUGCCCAACUGCCAUAUCUUCAUCCUGAAGUGCUUUAGUUUGUUUUAUUUCUUAAUGAUGCGAUCAGGGCAGUGUUAUUAUUAUUAUUAUUGCAAGUGGAAUCUAUGGAAAUUGCAAUUGGACUACCUACUAGCUACAUUCUGACAGGGUUGAGUGUAUAGCUGGUAUUUUUACGCAUAGGAUCCAGCUUGUGUACAACACUAAUAACACACCAGUUUAGCAAUGUCAUUACAAUACUAUAAGACUUAAGUUUGCACACAUUUAAAAUGAAGGAAACCAAAUAUUGUAUGAAGUUCCUUAUUAAAAAGUAAUGAAGGAUUUGGAUAUUUAUAAUGGAUUUCUGAGCAAGGCAAUGUGUCUUUGUUUUGAAGGUAAGAACACUGGAUAUUGAAUAAUGCAUGUCAACAGUAUAGGCAUUCUGAAACUUGUACAUAUGACAUGCUACAAUAAACCUUAUGGUGUA